AUGGCCAAAAAGACCAAGGCUCAAAAGGCUAAGGCCAAUCAACCGCCUUCUAUCCCACCCACGAGCCAGGAACAGUCACCAACCGAUCUACCCACUCCUCCAUACGAUAAAUCCGCCUUCAAUGAGACUGACUUUCCUCCGCUCCCCCAUAGCCCCGUCCUCACCGAUACAAACCCGAUCCACGGCGGUCGCAAGGAAGGCCAGGAUGUCGAUGAGACCGUCGGUGCCACUGGUGAUCUCAUCAAGGGCUCCACUGCUGGCCUCACAACCCCCGGCAAGACCGAUACCGGCGGCAAGGACGACAGUAGCUCUCUCCAGAUCAAGAUCCACCUGAACUUGCACGCCAAGGUCAAGCUUGAGCUCGAUGCUCAGGUCUACGGUGACAUUGUCAUCGGACUGCUGUAA